UAACCGCGUAUGUUCAGCCAAAGGACGACGCUUCCCGCCCCAGCCGGUCGGCGCGAAAAUUUUAUUUUUAAAUUUUCCGCGUUCCAAUUACGAAUUUAGUUUGUUUUCAUAAACUUUCUAAUGUUUACUUGAGACGCAACCGUAACGGCCUCCUUGGUUAUUUAUUCAAGAGUUUUGAAGUAAUUAAAUCGUAUUCGGUUCGUUACUUUUAUAUAACUUUAUUAAAAUGUUUUGGUAGGUAGUCGGUUUGUUUUCUAUGUUUUAGUUGUAAGACGUUAGUGGACUGAGCCCAACGUGUGUAGAAGUGAGUGCGGUGUUUGCGGAUGUUUUUCUUUUGAGUGAUAAACUGAUUGCUGAGCGGAAUCAGAAUGGAACGUUACGUGGUGACUCGUCGUUCUAAACAUAAAGCUGAUGGAUUUUUGACAAAAUGCAGGAGAAAAUACAGCGUGCUGCGGAAACGUUCGUGGAUCACUAGCGGUUUCGACCUCAAUAAUGCCAGUUACGUAAUCAACAGAAGAUACUCGAGAGACAAGAUGUCGCCGGUGUGCCACAAUUUCGUGCAGAACGCGUGGAAGAAGGACUUCUGCUCGAACUGCUUCAAGUCGCGCGAGGAACACGUCAAGCAAGAGCGGACGACUGACGGUGGCAAAUACCUCGCCACGCCCUUCCAAAACAGAGGCACUUACUUCAAGAAAGCCCCACCAAGCAUCCUAAAAAUACACCCAAAAAAGAAAAAUAAGCGAAAUGUAACCUUUCCUGAAGAAGUAUGCAGUGUCAUAGGUUUCGGAGGUGAUGACUGGUCUGAUGGAGAAGAAUUCGAAAUGUCAGAAGAGACUGAAGAUGAGGACCCGUUCCCAGACACAGAAGAAGAAAGAGAACUUCACAGAAUCACUAAAUCCAACACGGAUUUCAACACUGUGAAAGCUAACUUACUCGCAGAUUCAGCAGCUAAGUCCUACACUUCUCUUCUGUUGGGAAAGAUGCAAACAGACUCUGAUGGCAAAAAGAAGACUCUGUUAGUAUCCGUCACACCUUUUGGGCAAGACAGCAAGCCUAGCCAUAAGUCACACGUCCGCAAACCCGCCGUAAUACACGUAUCGGAAGCAUCAGUCGAAGAAACGUGUAAUAGUUAUAAAACUAAUAUAAUCCUUUCGUCGUAUAAGGAAACAGAAACGAUCAUAAGUGCCGAUAGUACUAGUGGAACGAUUUGCACUGAGAAAUCUUUGCUGGAGGAGAUAUCAGAAACGUUAGAACAAAAUCGGAUGACUAACGGUAAUGAUGUCCGCUUGUCUCCUAAAAAUAGCAGUAAACCUACAGUAGUUGAUGAGAAAAUUAAAGAAAGCAUGCAAGAUGAACCAGAGAAGAAAGAAAUGUGUGAAAUCAAAAAGAACGGUAUCGUGAGACAGUCGCCAUUACAAAAAACUCACGAAAGGCCGAAGGUGAACUUGGGUCGGUCGGAGUUUAAAUUCUGUAAGAUUAAUAUUGAGAGCAGCAGUGUUGAUUCAGCCGUUAGCACUUUGAACUCUACUGCUAACAACUCGUUAGCCUCAGACGAUGAGAGUUUCAGUGGGCGGACAGACUCAGACAAUGAUGACAGUGGUCACUUUUCGGAAACACUUAAGUGUGAGGAAACCGUUAAAAUAAAAGUGUUCAAUGAAGGCGACAAAAACAUAAAAAUGUCUCCAAUUGGACAACUUAGAAAAGUCGAUGGACAAGCUAAUAGCGGCUAUUCUACAUUCCAAAGUCCGAUCAUUGACAUGCCUCCAAUAUUACCUAAACAGCCAGACAAUAUUUUUUCUGCGGAAGCCAGUCGCGAGUUAGCGGGCGAGCCGGACGGCAGGGCCGACCCGGACGAUGCCACAGAAGCGCCAGCUUUGCCGAAAAGUCCUAUCCCCACCUUAGACCCGCGGCCAUCUUUCUUACAUGGCAUGAUAACAGACAUAUUACCUGCACAUAAACCGGCUUUACCAGAAAAACCAAAGCUACCGGUCAAGCCAGUUAUCAAACAGACAACAAAAAAAAGUGUAAUCACAACAAACCAGCAACAAAUUACUAUGUUCAUGCAUUCAAAGAAAGAGGAUGAUGAUAAAAUUAUUGGAGUAUUGAAUGAGGAGAAAAAUAACGAGAUAACAGAAGUGCACGAGGACAAACCUGAACCGAUUUACUAUGCGCAGCCGGUACUGACUAAAGAAGACAGUGACACGUCGCUCAACAGCAUAGGAAAGAGGAAAGCACCAACUCCACCAUCAUCUCCUACAGUAGAAGAGUACCCUAGCAUUUACCAAAGAAACACGACCGGGUUUCAGAAGUCAGAUGCACCAAUUGUAAGGGAGCUGGAGAAAAGGGAAAGAGCCAUUGGAUCUGCGGUGAACAAACAAACGCGACCAGCUGAAGAGCCGAUUGAGAUCAAGAAAGCUGAAGGAACUCCUGAACCAGCACCGCGGAGGAACAUUUCUUUGUCCCACGACAACCUUCUGUUGGACGAAAAACGUAAAGGCAAGCUGAAAUUCUCAAUCAAAAAACUCCUUAGAAUAGGGUCAUCAAAAGAUCUCGACAAAAAAGAGCUUACAGUUGCGGCUGUCACAAAAAUGACUAGUAAAACUGAAGAGAUAUAUGACUUGACCCCGAAACCUAAGCCGCGUCUCGUCAUCAUACAUCCAUUGGACAUGAACGGGUCUAACGGCGUCGAGGUUGUGAAAUCAAACUGUGAAAUUGCGGGUAAUCUGCGGCGUCUGAGUCACGAUGACGUGUCUUCAAUAUACAGUGGUUCUAGUUCUGCUACCGAGCCUGACAUUCCGAAGGUGGUGAACAAGCCUCCUCCACCCCCGAGGCAGUCGAGUGAGGAACAUAAAACAGUGUCGGGCGUCCCGAAGCCAGCUCGACCUCCGCCACCGAAGUCAGCAGCGUUGCAGAAGAAGCAAAAGCAACAAGCAUGGUCAACUGCGCCUAAACAAGCUGACAGUAUUUAUGCUAAUUUAGGAGAAAUCAGAUCUGCGCUAGCGCCGAGAAAACCGGAACGGACAGCGAGUAUGCGCGAGAGAGAAGCGCGUUUGGAGCUACCCAAACGUAGAACUCAGAUAGACGACGACAAAGACGAUUUAGACGACGGACCCCAGGAGUUGGUGCAAGCGACCAACGAGCCUGUCAUAAACAGUUACGAUGACGUGUACAACUCGUCCAAAUACGACGAAGAAACGUGUGAUUCAGCGAAGAACAGCGACAGUGACUAUGAAUACGUGCACCACGCUAGAUCGAGCUCGCCCGAGUGCGACUCUGCCAUAAAACCGAGAGAAUCCGACUCACAAAUAGAAGCCAGGAAGAGUGAAGACAGCAGCACCGAGUACCCUAAAUAUAACAACGGAAUAUUUAACAGAACGUCGCUUCCUUAUUGUGGAAGUGAGACGGAGUCGGAAAUAUAUUCUCCGUACAGUUUCUACAGCUCGAACGAUAACAUGGACAGUACAGGGAAUGAAGAUUAUCAGAAUGAGAUGACUCCAAAAACGACUACAAAUAAACUGCGAGUUAGGAAAGGGCGAAGCGUGGUGCAUAGAAACCUGGAGGACAAUUACGGUGCGGUCGUUAUUGCGAAUCACGAAGCACUCGCUCAAGUCUUAGAACAGGUUCAACAAAGUGCAACAAUGCAACCAUCGUUACGAGGUUUGAAAGCAUGCACCAACUUAAGGUGGAACGAUUUUGCGAUCCAACAACCCAAGCCAAGUCCAGUAAAAGCUGGAAAGCGGUUCUUCUACCCAGCGAUCUGGAACUCCAACCAGGGUCCUGUGAAUGUCACCCUGAUGCUGUACAAAGAGCAGAUGGCUUCACAGAUGGUUUGCCAGCAGUCUGUCCAGCCGCAGACCCUCAGCUUGAACGCCAUCACGGAAUUCUGUGACUUGGUACCACUUCAGCAGUUCGGAGAGGAAGGCGAAGAUUUGGUACAAGCCACAAUAGUAGUGCUGGCCCACGCUCAAGUGGACACCAUCCACUCCUACGGAGAGAAUCUCCACGCAGCCGAAGGUCUGACCACGAAGGAACAUCAGCUGGUCCAAACGGAACAGAUCCACGAAGCUAUCUUCAUGAUGCUGCAAAUGAUUAACGGCCUCAAGUGCCUUCAAGCACGAGGAGUGGAGGAGAUUCCGGAGUCCUUGACGUCUUUCAUCGCCCUGAAGGAGGUGCAGCCACUUGUGUCUCAUGGCAGCACAUUGACCCUUCCCUCACCUGAUGAUAGGCUGAACUCCUUGUGGGCGCCGAAAACCAAUUCUUACGGAAGACUUUGCAUUUUACAAGGAUUGAGCGACGAAACAAACAGCAAAGCGACAGACGAGGGCCAUCUCAAUUCUCUGUGUAAAUGUGCUAUAAAAGCGACCGAGAUCCUCCUACCAGGAGAGAAGCUAACCCCCCUUCUCAAGGAAAUACUUCACGAGGAGCGCGCAGUGUCUCUCAACCAGGCCAAAUCUGUGCUGGAGUUCAUGCUUUGGGGACCUUUGGAUGUCGUCCAGGGUGUCCCAGUUGAGGAGAGGGAACUAUCUCUCCAACGAUGGCUCGACCUUGAACGAGCCACCGUCCUCCACGGCCUCGUCAGAACCAGAGUCCAACUCAACGUGUUCGAACAACUUCAUCUCAUGUUCUUAGUUCGUUCCACGGCUAAAGCCAUGUGCGAUGCCUCCGUGCUCCUCGAAAAAGCCAAUGUUUAUUAAUUAUUGUACAUUAUUAAGUUUUAUUUUUAACGAUGACCUCUACGCACGUUUUGAUUGGUUGACUCGUAUUUAAAAGGAUUUCCUGUAGGAAAAGUUUUUGUAAUUAUUCCCAAAUUGGUAGUUUGGUAGUUUUUUGUUGGAUUUUGUUAUCACAGUGUGCGUUACGAGGCAUCUUUCUUUAAAUAUUUCUUAGCUUAGUCGGGCACCUGAAGACUUGAUAUUUUAUUAUAGACUUGUAUUAUUCUGUGGGUAUGGGACAUGAUUGGACAAGUUUGUAAGUUUAAAGUUAUGUUAUAUGAAUAAUCGGUAAAACAUAGAAUGUUUGAGAUUGUAGGUUAAUUUAAAUUUAAAUAAAGAACGUUACUGCCAUUGUAUGGGACCAAACCGUUAAAAUCAGUGUGGCCAGAAAUAAAGAUCUUAAUUUAAAUUGAAAAUUGGAAUUCAUGGCACACGCUACUUCUCGCUGGAGUUGCCAAUUAAAAAUACGAUUUGGAAUUUUCUCAGAAUUAAAACGUGUAAAAAUAAGAGCAUUUAUUAUCCAAUCAGUGUCUUGAAAGGUGCCAAUAUAAAUAGAACUGAAGAUGUAUACUCAUACUAAUUCCGGUGCCUUAAAAUGUAUUAUACGUAAGUGCUGUAUUAUAUCGAAUGUAAUUUAUACUUAUGUUAUGAACUCCAUUUAGGAUAUCGAGUUCAAAUUUAUUAAUUUACCCUUUGUAAGAAUUCAUCGAAUAUAAAAAUACAUAUUUCUUACUGUA